GUUUCUCCUCAGCCUCUACUGCAUUUUGUGGAGAGGUUGGAAAAGUCCAAACAAAACCUUUAAGGUAGAAACGGUUAUAUUAACGUCACACAACAAGCACUAGUGACUAAAGGAGUGUAAUCCAUUCAAGCAGAAGAGAUCAGACUCUACAGGGCUCAGUUGCACGUUUGUGCAAACUUUACUAAUAUUCAAAGAUGGAGACUCUUGAUCUGGACACAGAAAAUGUUUCCCUGCCCUCAAAAAAUAGUAAACUCCAGGGAAAGAGAUCAGAAUCACCAGCACCCAGCUGUAUCUCCAUGAAGAGUGAUCAGUCUAUGGAGCCUCCUGUGAAGUUUAAAGAUGGAGACUCCUUACUUCUACACAGGUUUCUUCCGGGUUCUCCUGUUUCCUCCCACCUCCCAAACACGUGCCAUGAUGUACAGGAGCCUGGAGACAGAAAAGAAAAGAAGAUGACAGAUACAGGGCGCGACCCAGAAUCUGCUGCUAUAAAUGAAUUCCCGAAAAAGUUCAAAUCAAAUCUGAUGAAGAAGUUUCGGUGUUUGAAUGGAGUGAUAAUAAACCUGGGAAACCAAACACUCCUGAAUGAGAUCUACACAGAGCUCUACAUCAUAGAGGGAGACAGUGGAGAAGUCAAUAAUGAACAUGAGGUGAGACAGCUCAAGGCAGCAUCCAAGAGAACAACAGAGGGCACGUCAAUCAAAUGCAAUGACAUCUUUAAGCCCUUAUCUGAACAAGAUGAACCCAUCAGAACUGUUCUGACAAAGGGAGUCGCUGGCAUCGGAAAAACAGUCUCUGUGCAGAAGUUCAUUCUGGACUGGGCUGAAGGGAAAGCAAAUCAGGACAUCCACCUCAUAUUUCCACUUCCUUUCAGAGAGCUGAAUUUGAUGAAAGAACAGAAACUGAGUCUGGUUGAGCUCCUUCAUGUCUGUUUUAAUGAAACAAAAGAAACAGAAAUGUCCAGUUUGGAAAAGGUUCUGUUUAUUUUUGACGGAUUGGACGAGUAUCGUUUUCCUCUGGAUUUCCAGAACACGGUGAGUGUGUGUGAUGUUACUGAAUCAGUAUCAGUGCAUGCACUGCUGAUAAACCUGAUCAAAGGGAAUCUGCUUCCCUCUGCUCUCAUCUGGAUCACCUCCCGACCAGCAGCAGCUGAUCAAAUCCCCUCUGAGUGUGUCCAUCGAGUCACAGAGGUACGAGGGUUCAAUGACCCACAGAAGGAGGAGUACUUCAGGAAGAGAAUCAGUGAUCAGAGCCUGGCCAAUAACAUCGUCACACACCUGAAGUCAUUAAGAAGCCUCUACAUCAUGUGCCACAUCCCAGUCUUCUGCUGGAUUUCAGCCACUGUUUUAGAGAGAAUGUUGGGUGAAGCAGAGAGUGGAGAGAUCCCCAAAACUCUGACUCAAAUGUACACACACUUCCUCAUUAUUCAGACAAACAUCAUAAGAGAAAAGUACUCAAAGAAACAGGAGAGUGAUGAAGAAAUGCUUCUUAAACUGGGACAGCUGGCUUUUCAGCAGCUGAUGAAAGGGAACGUGAUCUUCUAUGAGGAAGACCUGAGAGAGUGUGGCAUUGAUGUGAGAGAAGCAGCAGUGUACUCAGGUGUGUGUACGCAGAUCUUCAGAGAGGAGUUUGGGUUUCACCAGAGUAAAGUGUACUGCUUUGUUCAUCUGAGCAUUCAGGAGCACCUUGCAGCUCUGUAUGUGCACCUGACAUUCAUGAUGGAAAAGAGAAAUGUUCUUCAACAGAAUCAGGUCUCUGAAUGGUGUAUCUCACAUUUACACUAUAGUGCUGUAGAUCAGGCUUUACAAAGUCAGACUGGACAUCUGGAUCUUUUCCUUCGCUUUCUUCUGGGUCUCUCACUGAAGUCCAAUCAGAAUCUCUUAUAUGUCUUAGUAACACAGACAGGAAGUAGCUCACAGAGCAUAAAGGAAACAGUUCUGUACAUUAAGAAAAUGAUCAGUGAAGAUCUCCCUACAGAGAAAUCCAUCAAUCUGUUCCACUGUCUGAAUGAACUGGGUGAUAAUUCUCUAGUGGAGGAAAUCCAACACUACCUGAAAUCUGGAAAACAAAGUGAACUCUCUUCUUCACAGUGGUCUGCUCUGGUGUUUCUGUUACUGACAUCAGCACAGGAGCUGGAAGAAUUUGACCUGAAUAAAUAUAUCAGUACAGAUAAGAUAACAGAAUAUGUUCUUGUGAAGGUGAUGCCUGUGAUUGCAGCCUCCAGAAAAGCAAUUAUCAGGUGUGAUUCACUUGUAAUGAGAAGUUGGUCAGCUCUGGUCUCAGCGCUCAGCUCAGAAACCUCCAAUCUGCGAGAACUGCACCUGUCUGUGAAAACACUGGAUCUGUCCUAUACUAAAUUAGGAGACUCAGGAGUGAAGAGUCUCUGUUCUGGACUGGAGAAUCCUAACUGUAAAGUGGAGAUACUGAGGUUGGAGUGUUGUGGUGUCUCAGAUGAAGGUUGUGCUGCUCUGACUUCAGCUCUGAGAUCAAACCCCUCACACCUUAGAGACCUGGAUCUAUCCUAUAAUAAUGUAGGAGACUCAGGCGUGAAGAGUCUCUCUGCUGUACUGGAGAAUCCUCAAUGUAAAGUGGAGACACUGAGUUUGUAUAAUUGUGGUGUCUCAGAUGAAGGCUGUGCUGCUCUGACUUCAGCUCUGAGAUCAAACCCCUCACACCUGAGACAACUGUUUCUGUCCUCUAAUAAACUAGGAGACUCAGGAGUGAAGAGUCUCUCUGAUUUACUGGAGAAUCCUCAAUGUAAACUGGAGACACUGAGGUUGUGUAAGUGUGGUGUCUCAGAUGAAGGCUGUGCUGCUCUGACUUCAGCUCUGCGAUCAAACCCCUCACACCUGAGAGAACUGGAUCUGUACAAUAAUAAAAUAGGAGACUCAGGAGUGAAGCUGCUCUCUGCUCUUAGGGAUGAUGAACAUUACAAACUACAGAUACUGGAGCAUGAAUUCUUGAAAAGAGAAGAUUCAUCAGAUACAUCUUCAGACUGUUCUUCCGAAAAUAGUGAGACUACCUCUGACAAUCUGGAAGACACUUGCUCAACAUCUACACAGAACCCUGACACUGUACACCACUCAGCAGCCACAGAAGUAUUCAUUCCUGAAUUAGGUAAACAAGACCAUGAGGACAGGAACAGUGAUGCAUAUAGGUUUCUGUGCUCUCGUGCUGGUCAGUUUCAGUGUAAAUACACCAACCUUGUGUUUGAGAUGAAAGAGAAAGGUGAAGUGAUGUACAGUAUAGUGUCCUGGGACAGCAGUCAGUUGGAUGGUGUGGGACAAAUGCAGCCUGCAGGACCCAAGUACAACAUCAACUGCUUUGAAGGUUCAAUUUGUAAUCUCCACCUCCCACACUGUGAGACACAUUCUGCUCCUACAGCACUGCUUUGUUCCACUUGUUCAUGUGUUGCAGAUAAAAAUCAGACUGAACUGGCCAUUGCACAUUUCAGUAGUGGUAAUGUGGAGAUCAUUCAGCCUCUGAAAGUGACAGGCACACACGUGAUCAUAGACAUUGAAAAUCUCUCUUACUUUGGCCUGUUUAAAAAAAAGCAACAUCAGGAAUAUCCGAUCAGGGCCCAAGUCCUACUCUUCUACAAAGGAAUCACUGGAAAGACAAAGAGGAGUAAACUGCACAUGCACUUAUUGCCCAGAAAUGUACCAGUUGAAGAGUUACAGAUACGAUAUCAGCACAAUGCAUACAUUGAGACCAGUUCCAUUUGUCUUCUGACCCCUGGAAAAACAUACAGACCACACUGUCAGCCUUAUAAACAUCAGCCAACGAAGGAGACAUUUGACUGUGAGUAUGGCCCCAAUUAUCACCCCACAUUUGAGGUGCUGCUUAAUGCUGAAGUUGAAGAACUCACACUGGGUCUUUUGGAUGAACAUGACCAGGAGGUGUGGGAGUCUCGUCAGGUCUUUCUUACAGAUGAUAAGAGAGAAGCUGUAUCUCCCAAAAUGGCUAAAACAGGUGCGAAAUUUGUGGAUAAACACAGAGAAAUGUUCAUACAGAGAAUUUCUUCAGUAAUGGAGAUAGCAGAUUGUCUCCUAUCCAGGAACAUGAUUACUGGUGAAAUAUACAGUACAGUCAGUGCAGAAGCUACAUCGCAGGAGAAAAUGAGGGCCUUGUACAGAUCUCUCGACUCAGGAGGAAGUGCUAUGAAAGAAGAAUUUUAUAAAAUCCUGAAGGAGAAGCAUCGUUACAUAGUGGAUGAUCUGGAGUCUGGAUCAAGUCAGACUUAAAGGAACCCUCUUACACAGCUGACUUUUUUCAUCUGGCUCACUCAGGACCUGCCCAUGAUAUUUUUUAAACAAAUUUAGUUGGUUGUAUAUUU